AUGUCUUCUAAAGCCAUCCGUGAAUACGACGCGAAGCUCCUCCUCGCCUACUGGCUCGAGCGUGCACCCCCAGUCGACCCAUCUGCACAGAUCGCCACCAAGUUCGUCUACCCUGCUCCCAGAGUAGCUCAAAUCUCUUGGGAUGCCGCGACAAACUCCAUCACUCCCGACACACAGCUCCCAGGUUGGGUCUUCUCCUCAAAACUCGUCGCGAAGCCCGAUCAGCUCAUCAAGCGUCGAGGAAAGGCCGGUCUCCUCGCCCUCAACAAGUCUUGGGAUGAAGCCAAACAAUGGGUUCAGCAGCGUGCCGGCAAGCCACAGAAGGUAGAGUCUGUCACAGGAACGCUCAACACCUUCAUCGUCGAGCCCUUCCUUCCGCACCCCUCCAACACCGAAUAUUACGUCUGCAUCACGUCCGCUCGCGAAGGCGAUGCCAUCCUCUUCACACACGAGGGCGGUGUUGACAUCGGCGACGUCGAUGCCAAGGCUCUCACUCUCAACCUUCCCGUCGGCGCACCUUUCCCCUCCCGCAAGACCAUUACGGACACACUCCUCAAACACGUUCCCGCAGAGAAGCAGGGGACCCUCGUUGACUUCCUCACUCGUCUCUACUCAGUCUACGUUGACCUUCACUUCGCGUACCUCGAGAUCAACCCACUCAUUUGCCUCGAUGCCGUCGACGGCGGACAGCCAACCAUCCACUACCUCGAUAUGGCCGCCAAGCUCGAUCAGACUGCUGAGUCCAUCUGUGGUCCCAAGUGGGCCAUUGCCCGCGACUUGUCCGUGUACGAGUCUGGCUCGCAGGCCGUUACCUCGAGGGGCAAGGCCGUCUCUGCCGACCGAGGACCCCCAAUGGUCUGGCCUGCACCCUUCGGUCGCGAUUUAACGAAGGAGGAAGCCUACAUCCAGAAGCUCGACAGUUCUACUGGCGCGUCUCUCAAGCUCACCGUGCUCAAUGCCGAGGGGCGUAUCUGGACCAUGGUGGCUGGUGGUGGUGCCUCCGUCGUAUACUCCGAUGCCAUCGCCGCCCACGGCUUCGCACAUGAGCUCGCCAACUAUGGCGAGUACUCGGGUGCCCCCACUGAGGGUCAGACAUACGAAUAUGCGAAGACUAUUAUCGACUUGAUGACUCGUGGCAAGCCUAAUCCUGAGGGCAAGAUACUCAUCAUCGGUGGCGGUAUUGCCAAUUUCACCAACGUCGCGGCGACGUUCAAGGGCAUCAUCCGCGCGCUGAAGGAGUUCAAGGCUCCCCUCAUCGCGCACCACGUCAGGAUCUACGUCCGUCGCGGUGGUCCCAACUACCAAGAAGGUCUCAAGGCGAUGCGUCUCCUAGGAGAGUCGCUCGGUGUACCCAUCAAGGUCUACGGCCCUGAUACCCACAUCACUGAGAUUGUUCCCCUCGCGCUAGGCGUCAAGGGCAAGCCCAAGAACGCUCUGCACUCUGUUGCGCCCACUCCCCUCUCCCCACCGUCGCCGCCCACACCCGCUACUCCUCUCGGUGCUGAGGUUACCCCUACAGUCGGCACCAUUCUUCCAGGUGGUGAGCGAUCGCAGCCGAAUGACCAAAUUGUUCACUUUGACACUGCCGACAUGAAGCAUUCGCAUCAGCGCCCCUCCUACCGUCCUUUCGAUGCUCACACGCGUGCGUUCGUGUACGGCCUCCAGCCUCGUGCCAUCCAGGGAAUGCUCGACUUUGACUACUCCUGCGGACGCGAGACGCCGUCCGUCGCCGCGAUGAUAUACCCCUUCGGUGGUCACCACAUCCAGAAAUUCUACUGGGGUACCCGUGAGACGCUGCUCCCCGUCUACACCAGUGUCGAGGAGGCCGUCCAUAAGCAUCCUGAUGUUGAUGUCGUCGUUAACUUCGCGAGCUCCCGCAGCGUGUACUCGAGCACGCUAGAUAUCCUCACGUUCCCCCAAAUCAAGAGCAUAGCCCUCAUUGCCGAAGGCGUACCCGAGCGUCAUGCGCGCGAGAUCUUGCAUUUGGCCAAGGCGAAGGGCGUCCUAAUUAUUGGGCCCGCGACUGUGGGUGGCAUUAAGCCUGGAUGUUUCAGGAUUGGUAACUCUGGAGGUAUGAUGGACAAUAUCAUCGCAUCUAAGCUCUACCGCCCCGGGUCCGUCGGCUACGUUUCCAAGUCGGGAGGUAUGUCCAACGAGCUGAACAACAUCCUCUCGCUGGUCACCAACGGUACGUAUGAGGGCAUUGCGAUCGGUGGUGACCGCUACCCUGGCUCAACCUUCAUCGACCACCUCUUGCGCUAUGAGCAGGACCCUGAAUGCAAGAUGCUUGUUCUCCUCGGGGAGGUUGGUGGGAUCGAGGAGUACCGAGUCAUCGACGCCGUCAAAAAAGGCAUUAUCCGCAAGCCGAUCGUCGCCUGGGCCAUAGGAACAUGUGCAAAGAUGUUCACAACCGAGGUGCAGUUCGGUCACGCCGGCUCCAUGGCCAACUCGGACAGGGAGACCGCCGACGCAAAAAACUCUGCUAUGCGCGCGGCGGGCUUCAUCGUCCCCGUCACCUUCGAAGACCUUCCGCAGGUGCUCAAGGAGACCUACGAGCGUCUGGUCUCGAGCGGCACGAUUAAGCCCCUGCCGGAGCGUGAGCCCCCCGUUAUCCCCAUGGACUACAAGUGGGCGCAGGAGCUCGGCCUCAUUCGCAAGCCCGCCGCGUUCAUCUCGACGAUCUCCGACGAGCGUGGGCAGGAGUUGCUAUACGCUGGCAUGCGCAUCUCCGAUGUUUUCAAGGAAGAUAUCGGUAUCGGCGGGGUCGUCAGUCUGCUAUGGUUCAAGCGUCGUCUACCGCCUUGGGCUACCAAGUUCAUCGAAAUGGUGCUCAUGCUCACUGCUGACCAUGGCCCGGCUGUCUCUGGUGCGAUGAACACGAUCGUCGCUACUCGUGCCGGCAAGGACCUGAUUUCUUCGUUGGCUUCCGGACUACUCACCAUCGGAAGCCGUUUCGGUGGUGCACUUGAUGAGGCUGCGUCAAUGUUCUCGAACGCACGCGACACUGGACUCACCCCGCGUGAGUUCGUAGACAACAGCCGUAAGGCGAACAAGCUCAUCAGCGGUAUUGGCCACAAGAUCAAGAGCGUGAAUAACCCCGAUCUGCGUGUCGAGCUCGUGAAGGAGUACGUGAGCAAGAAUUUCCCCAGCCACAGUCUUCUCGACUAUGCUCUGGCUGUGGAGAAGGUCACUACGGCAAAGAAGGACACUCUUAUCCUGAACGUCGACGGUUGCAUUGCUGUCUGCUUUGUCGAUCUCCUGCGCGACAGCGGUGCCUUCACUCCCGAGGAGGCGGAUGAGUACAUCAAGAUUGGUACUCUGAACGGCCUUUUCGUCCUCGGUCGUAGCAUCGGUUUCAUUGGCCACCACCUUGACCAGAAGCGUCUCCGUGCUCCGCUGUAUCGCCACCCGGCCGAUGACAUUUUCAUCAACAUGGCGGAUCUGUCGCAGCCGCGCGUGCUUGGCAAGAUGCAUUGA